CCCAUCGCGGAGCCGCCUGCCAGGACGUUCGCGCCUCCUCCUCCGACACUGUCGGGUCGGCCGGGAGAAGGGUCACCGCCUCCUUCUAGGGAGCAGGGGGGAGGCGGAGCCCCGCUCAGGAUCAUGGAUUUCCCUGGACACUUUGAACAAAUCUUCCAGCAGCUAAACUACCAGAGACUUCAUGGGCAGCUCUGUGACUGCGUCAUCGUGGUGGGAAAUCGACACUUUAAAGCCCACCGCUCUGUGCUCGCGGCCUGCAGCACUCAUUUCCGAGCCUUGUUCUCAGUGGCUGAGGGAGAUCAGACCAUGAACAUGAUCCAGCUGGACAGUGAGGUGGUGACAGCGGAGGCCUUUGCCGCACUGAUCGACAUGAUGUACACCUCCACGCUCAUGCUGGGGGAGAGCAAUGUUAUGGAUGUCUUACUGGCGGCCUCCCACCUGCACUUGAACUCUGUCGUUAAGGCCUGUAAACAUUACCUAACGACCAGGACGCUGCCCAUGUCUCCGCCCAGUGAGCGUGUUCAGGAGCAGAGUGCCCGCAUCCAGCGUUCCUUUAUGCUGCAGCAGCUGGGACUAAGCAUCGUCAGCUCAGCCCUUAACUCCAGCCAGGGGGGUGAGGAGCAGCCGGCACCCCUGAGCUCUUCAAUGCGCAAUAACCUGGACCAGCGGACACCCUUCCCCAUGAGACGCCUUCACAAGCGUAAACAGUCAGCCGAGGAGCGGGCCCGACAGCGCCUCCGGCCUACCUUGGAUGAGUCUGCCAUUUCCGAUGUCACGCCUGAGAGCGGGCCACCAGGGGUGCAUUCGCGGGAAGAGUUCUUCUCGCCCGACUCUCUGAAGAUUGUGGAUAACCCAAAGGCUGAUGGCAUGACAGACAACCAGGAGGACAGCACCCUCCUGUUUGACCAGUCAUUUGGUGCUCAAGAAGAUGCCCAGGUGCCCAGCCAGUCUGACAAUAGCGCCAGCAACAUGGCCCAGCUGUCCAUGGCCUCACGUGCAACUCAGGUGGAAACCAGCUUUGAGCCAGAAGCCCCAGCAGAGAAAAGUGGUUUUCAGUGUGAAAACCCUGAUGUUGGCCUUGGGGAGAAAGAACACAUGCGGGUGGUAGUGAAGUCGGAGCCCCUCAGUUCCCCUGAGCCUCAGGAUGAGGUGAGUGAUGUGACCUCGCAGGCCGAAGGCAGCGAGUCUGUGGAGGUAGAGGGGGUUGUGGUCAGUGCUGAGAAGAUCGACCUCAGCCCUGAGAGCAGUGACCGGAGCUUCUCCGAUCCACAGUCUAGCACUGACAGGGUUGGCGACAUCCACAUUUUGGAAGUCACAAAUAACCUAGAACAUAAAUCCACUUUCAGCAUUUCAAAUUUCCUUAACAAGAGCAGAGGAAACAACUUUAGUGCAAAUCAGAACAAUGACGAUAAUAUCCCAAAUACCACCAGUGACUGCAGGCUGGAGGGCGAGGCCCCCUAUCUGUUGAGUCCAGAAGCUGGGCCUGCAGGCGGGCCCUCCUCUGCCCCUGUCUCCCACGUGGAGAACCCCUUCAGUGAGCCUGCAGACUCCCACUUUGUUCGGCCCAUGCAGGAAGUGAUGGGCAUGCCGUGUGUGCAGACCUCAGGCUACCAAGGAGAACAGUUUGGGAUGGACUUUUCCAGAUCUGGUUUGGGUCUCCAUUCCUCCUUCUCCAGGGUAAUGAUGGGCUCCCCAAGAGGAGGAGCCAGCAACUUUCCAUACUACCGCCGCAUAGCUCCCAAAAUGCCAGUUGUAACCUCUGUGAGGAGCUCACAAAUCCCAGAAAACCCAGCUAGCUCCCAGCUACUGAUGAAUGGGGCCUCAUCCUCCUUUGAAAAUGGCCAUCCCUCCCAGCCUGGCCCUCCGCAGUUGACCAGGGCAUCUGCUGACGUCCUGUCCAAGUGCAAGAAGGCCUUAUCAGAGCACAAUGUCUUGGUUGUAGAGGGAGCUCGCAAGUAUGCCUGCAAAAUCUGCUGCAAGACUUUCCUGACCUUGACAGAUUGCAAGAAGCACAUCCGUGUUCACACAGGUGAGAAGCCCUAUGCCUGCCUCAAGUGCGGCAAGAGGUUCAGCCAGUCCAGCCACCUGUACAAACAUUCCAAGACCACCUGUCUGCGCUGGCAGAGCAGCAACCUCCCCAGCAGCCUGCUCUAACACCAGCCUCCCAAGAGUGCCAGGAGGCAAGAUAGGAAUGCAACACCCUUCCAGUAGAUGGCUGUUGACUGUGAGGUUGCAAACUUGGAUUAGUAAGGGGGGAAACUUGCCUGUGUAGCUCUCAGCUGCUGUUUCCGGGUGAAAUGCACACAUUCAGAGAGUGCUGCCCCCUACAACCAAGCUCUCCCUUAGUGUUGUCAGAAAGUAGUUUGUAAUGGGAUGAUGAAAGUGACACAUGAAAAAACUAAUAACUUCAGUGCAAAAAAAUUUUUAGCAAUUUUUAUAAAUGCUGAAGCAUUUAACUAAUCCUCCUAUCCCCUAGGAUGGGAACAUUAUACCUGUACAAAUGAUGCAAAAAUGCACUUAAGUGUAACUAGUCGUGGCAACUUGGUGUCUGUCUACAAGGAGGACCCUUGAGGACAUGCCUUGCCGCCACCAAUGCUUUAAAGUGUCUCAGGAGCUAGUCCUGGGCCUCCAAAAGUACUGUAUUUUUUAUUUCUCUCUGAUCUGCAGUCAUAGACACUGCACUUUGAUGGUGCUGACACUGGCCCAGAGCGAGCGCUUUCUGGACUUUUAGGUGUAUAUACUUUAAAAAAUAUCACUGUUGGAUGUUUUAACCAUUUUCCCUGGUUUUGAAAACAAGUUGUAAAUGGAGUAAGAACUUGUAGGGAGUGACAAGUAAGGUAUUGUUUCUGUAUGUGCUGUUUUAGCGGUAUUUUAACUAACUUGUAUAAUAUAGUCACAGUUCCACGUUGGAAGUCAGAAAAGAGCUAGUGUUUGUCUUUGUUCUGAUGAUGUGGAUUCAUGUGUGGGUUGUCCCUGGUGUGUCUUCCCUUUGCUCUGCCCUGUCCCACCAGGCACACCUCGCCCGAGGAAAAACAAAUAAACCCGUCCUUCCCUGUUGCUUCUUAGCUCUCAUGCCCCACCUGGCCUCUCUUCCAGGUACAGAUGACUUAUUCUGUUUCAGACUAAGCUAAAGUCUUGCCGGUCCCACUAGGGCUCUUAUUCCUGGUAAAUGCCAGUUUAAAAAAUAUAGAUCCUGAACUUUUGUUUUCCAGCCUGGUAUUUGAUGUUUAAGGUAAUUUGAGAUCUAAAUAAGGCUGUGUUCAUGGAUAUUUUUCCAGGUUAAGAGGUGCAUGGUCUAGAGCAUUGAUGUCCCCAAGCAGCACUGAAACCAUCACCACCCAGGCCUUUGCAUUGCUUCUUCAUGCCCUUGUGCCAUCGGGGCUGCUGGUGACUCCUGGAUAGGGCUGUGCCCUGACUCUGUGCUUCCAGGGAACAUGUAGACCAGUGUUCCUGCAGAGUUCAUUUUUGCACAGACGUGAGAUUUUUCUGUAUCCAGCUGUCUUAGAUACACCACACCAUUGUGUGUAAUGGAGAGAAAGCCUCAGUUCUAAAUGUUGGGAAAGCUAUUCAGAGCUUGAAUAGAAAAUUUCUUGUGUUUCCUUCUAGUAAUCAAGCAUGUGCUGUUCUGCACAUCUGGUAAACUCAGUAGUCUUAAUGUGACUGAGCAUCUCCUAACAGGUUUUCAGGGAAGAGCCAUGGGGAGGCCUUAGUGGGCUUCUCCUGCCUGGGGUGGGAGAACAGUGGGAUGGGAGUAUGAGAAUCACCUGUGAGCCUGGUGUGAGGUGGUGCUCUAGCUGGCCCUCUGCGUGAGUUGAGAACCAGCAUCUGGGAGGGGAUUGACCUCGGAAAGUAAGGAGGUAAGCACAGAGAACAGCAGCUCUCUGGGCCCCGGGAGAGCAGAGGCGGCGGCUGGUGCAGUGGGCGGCCGCCCUCUCAGCCAGUGGACUUUAGGGACCCCUCUUCUGCCAGAUGGAAUCUAAAAUCUCUCAUCUACCUCUUUAGUUCUUACGUGUGAGAAGCAAGUGUUUAGGCCAGUGUCCUCACUACACUCUCUAGCACUUAAAAUAAGAAUUCGGCUCCCCUGGAAAGCCAGUCUGAACUUUCCUAUAUACUAUAGAUCCUACCUGAAUUAUAACUGACAUUGGGUACCUGGAUUUUGGUCGGUUAGCCUUAACUACAGCCAGGCAUAAUCAUUUCUGGUGAUCAAAUCAUAAAGUUCUAUCAAUCAGGCCCCAUGUCAGUGGUGCUAUGCUGGUCAGAAUUUGAGAUUUUGAAAUAAAAAAUGUCACAUUCAUGCCUCUAAA